GUAAAAACCGUUCAUAAGAAACUGUAAGGCCUGAGUGAGAUCUACAAUUCAAAUAACUCACUGUCUCUGAAGGGACCUCAUUUCUUAACUUUUUGAGAGCCUAGUGAUUGAGGAAAGGCCAUUACAAGCAGAAAGAAAGAAGUCCUCUUGCAAAAAUAGGAGAAAAGAGGAGCUGAAAGAAAUGUGGUCUGCAAUGCUGGAAUUGAUGCUCUGUACUACUCUAAUUCAAGGCUGAAAAUUAGAAAGGCUUUUUGAAGUCUGCAAAAGGAAGGUAUUAAGUCAUGAUGCAGGAAUCUGCGACAGAGACAAUAAGCAACAGUUCAAUGAAUCAAAAUGGAAUGAGCACUCUAAGCAGCCAAUUAGAUGCUGGCAGCAGAGAUGGAAGAUCAAGUGGUGACACGAGCACUGAAGUAAGCACAGUAGAACUGCUGCAUCUGCAACAACAGCAGGCUUUGCAAGCAGCCAGACAGCUGCUUUUACAGCAAACGACAACUGGGCUGAAAUCUCCCAAGAGCAGUGAUAAACAGAGACCAUUGCAGGUGCCUGUGUCAGUGGCCAUGAUGACUCCCCAGGUGAUCACCCCUCAGCAAAUGCAGCAAAUUCUCCAGCAACAAGUUUUGUCUCCACAGCAACUUCAAGCACUUCUCCAGCAGCAGCAAGCAGUUAUGUUACAGCAGGAUAUUUUGGAAUCUGCAGUGGAAAAUUUCAGAGCUGCCUUGGAAAAAAAUCAACAACUUCAAGAGUUUUACAAGAAACAGCAAGAGCAGUUACAUCUUCAGCUUUUGCAACAGCAGCAGCAGCAGCAGCAACAGCAGCAGCAGCAGCAACAGCAGCAGCAGCAACAACAGCAGCAGCAACAGCAACAGCAGCAGCAACAACAACAGCAGCAGCAGCAACAGCAACAGCAGCAACAGCACCCAGGAAAGCAAGCAAAAGAGCAGCAGCAGCAGCAGUUGGCAGCCCAGCAGCUUGUCUUCCAGCAACAGCUCCUCCAGAUGCAACAACUUCAGCAGCAGCAACAUCUGCUGAAUCUUCAGCGUCAGGGACUCAUUUCCAUUCCACCUGGCCAGUCUGCUCUUCCUGUCCAGUCUCUGCCACAAGCUGGCUUAAGUCCUGCUGAGAUUCAGCAGUUAUGGAAAGAAGUUACUGGAGUUCACAGUAUGGAAGACAAUGGCAUUAAGCAUGGAGGGCUAGACCUCACUACUAACAAUUCCUCUUCUACUACCUCCUCUACCACUUCCAAAGCAUCGCCACCAAUAACUCAUCAUUCCAUAGUGAAUGGACAGUCAUCAGUUCUAAAUGCAAGACGAGACAGCUCAUCACACGAGGAGACUGGAGCCUCUCAUACUCUCUAUGGCCAUGGAGUUUGCAAGUGGCCUGGAUGUGAAAGUAUUUGUGAAGAUUUUGGACAAUUUUUAAAGCACCUUAAUAAUGAACAUGCAUUGGAUGACAGAAGCACUGCUCAGUGUCGGGUGCAAAUGCAGGUGGUCCAGCAAUUAGAAAUACAGCUUUCUAAAGAACGGGAACGUCUUCAGGCAAUGAUGACCCACUUGCACAUGCGACCCUCGGAGCCCAAGCCAUCUCCAAAACCUCUAAAUCUGGUGUCCAGCGUCACUAUGUCUAAGAACAUGUUGGAAACUUCCCCUCAGAGCUUACCUCAAACUCCCACCACACCAACAGCCCCCGUCACUCCAAUUACCCAGGGACCCUCAGUAAUCACCCCAGCCAGUGUACCCAAUGUGGGAGCCAUUCGAAGACGACAUUCCGAUAAAUACAACAUUCCCAUGUCAUCAGAAAUUGCCCCAAACUAUGAAUUUUAUAAAAAUGCAGAUGUCAGACCUCCGUUUACUUAUGCAACUCUCAUAAGGCAGGCUAUCAUGGAAUCAAGUGACAGACAGUUAACACUCAAUGAAAUUUACAGCUGGUUUACAAGGACAUUUGCCUACUUCAGGCGCAAUGCAGCCACUUGGAAGAAUGCAGUACGACAUAAUCUUAGCCUGCACAAGUGUUUUGUUCGAGUAGAAAAUGUUAAAGGAGCAGUAUGGACAGUGGAUGAAGUAGAAUACCAGAAGCGAAGGUCACAAAAGAUAACGGGAAGCCCGACGUUAGUGAAAAACAUACCCACCAGCUUAGGCUAUGGAGCAGCACUUAACGCAAGCUUACAGGCUGCGCUGGCAGAGAGUAGUUUACCUUUGCUUGGUAACCCCGGAUUGAUAAAUAACGCAUCCAGUGGCUUACUACAGGCAGUCCAUGAAGACCUCAAUGGUUCGCUGGAUCACAUUGACAGCAAUGGAAACAGCAGCCCAGGCUGCUCUCCUCAGCCUCACAUACACUCAAUCCAUGUCAAGGAAGAGCCAGUGAUUGCUGAGGAUGAAGACUGUCCAAUGUCAUUGGUGACAACAGCAAAUCACAGUCCAGAAUUGGAAGAUGAUAGAGAAAUUGAAGAAGAGCCUUUAUCUGAAGAUCUGGAAUGAACAGAGACUUUGAAACCUCAAAAUGA